AUGUACCCCUUCCUGCACCUUAUGCCCGACGGCUCGCUCUUCAUUUUCUCGGACACCUCCUCCGAGAUCUUUGACGUGGCUGCCAACGAAACCAUCAGGAAGAUGCCCGUUAUGCCUGGGCUGCACCGAACCUAUCCCAACACCGGCGGCAGCGUCAUGUUACCACUGCACCCAGGGAACGACUACAAGCCUGAAAUCAUGAUUUGCGGUGGGGGACAAACACAAGCGAUUGACAGCGGGUGCGAAUCAAGCUGCGGAAGGUUGAAACCUAUGAGCCAGAAUCCUCGGUGGCAGAUGACCGGGAUGCUAGGGCCUCGGGGAAUGGUAGAAGGGAUCCUACUGCUCGAUGGCACUGUGCUCUGGAUCAACGGCUGUCAUAUAGGCGCACAAGGAUUUGGACUGGCGACCGACCCGGCCUUGGAAGCCCUAGUCUAUAAUCCGAGAUCGUAUACCUGGACUGUAUCUGGAAGAACCUCAAUUGCCAGGCUUUAUCACUCUGUCGCCUUCCUACUCCUGGAUGGAACAGUGCUCAUCGCCGGGAGCAAUCCAAAUGAAAUGCCAGUCACGCUGCAGCAUGUUGAAAUCCAUAAUCAGUACAAGGCCUUUCCCACGGAAUUCAGGAUGGAGAUUUGGACGCCGCCAUAUUUACGGGGUGGCAAGGCAUCUCGAAGACCCAGGAACAUCAGCCUCUCGACAUAUACCCUGGCGUCUGGUGCAAGAUUUAGCAUUGAAUUCAGCACCGUGGACGAGACCGAGACGCUCGACAUUGUUCUCUACAGUGGAGGCUUCGUCACACACUCAGUCCACAUGGGCCAGGUGAUGCUGUACCUCGAGAACAACGGUUGCGAGAGCUUGAGCGACGGUCGAAGGAGAGUUGAGGCGUGCAUGCCAGAAGGGAUCAAACUUGCCCCUGGACCGUAUGUGGUGUAUGUGGUUGCCAAUGGCAUUCCCGGAGUCGGGCAGUUUGUUACCUUGCGCGUUUGACCUGCGACCGC